AUGCCAGCGCCAACUGAAGAAGAAGAGUUCUUGACGGUGGAUGAAAUUGCCGAGGAAGUAGUGGGAGAAGAAGAGGAUGAAGUUCAUAUUGAUGAUGAAGAUGAACAAGACGAUGUACAAGAUGAUGAAGAACAAGCAGAAAUGGAUAUCGAUAACGAAGACCAAAUUGAAAUAGACUUAUCAAAUAACUCCUGGACCUAUUUUGACCAACAUAAAGAUCUGAUCUUCACCAUAUUCAAACACCCACUGUUACCAAUGGUAGCCUCUGGAGGUGGAGAUAACACUGCUUUCCUCUGGACUACUCAUACCCAACCUCCCAGGUUCGUAGGGGAAUUGGAAGGUCAUAAAGAAUCAGUUAUAACUGGUGGGUUCACAGGUGACGGCAAAUUUGUCAUUACUGGAGAUAUGAACGGAUACAUUCAAGUACACAAGUUCAGUAAAGGGGGACAAAAAUGGACCAAAUUUGGUGAUGUGGAGGAAGUAGAAGAAAUCUUGUUUAUUACUGUUCAUCCUCUGCAACCAUAUUUUGCAUUUGGAGCUGUUGAUGGAUCUGUUUGGGUCUAUCAGAUCGAUGAAUCCACCAAAUCUUUAGUUCAGUUAAUGAGUGGAUUCUCUCAUUCAUUGGAAUGUAAUGGAGGAGUUUUCGUUAAUACUGAAGAUGAAAAUACUUUAUCACUAGUAACUAUUUCUGAAGAUGGUACGGUGGUCAAUUGGAACUGUUUCACUGGUGAAGUCAACUAUAAAUUACAACCUCAUGAUGAUUUUAAAGGAGUGGAGAGUCCUUGGGUUACCAUUAGUGCUAAUAAGAAUGUCAUAGCUAUCGGUGCACGUGACGGCCAAUUGGCUAUAAUAAAUAAUGAUAAUGGUAAGGUUGUUCAUUCAGUGAAAACCAUUGAACAAGUUGAAGAUGUGGCAGAAUUAUCAAUAGAAGCUUUAACUUGGUGUCAGAACCCUAACUUAUUGGCUGUGGGUUUGGUCUCUGGAGAUUUAAUUAUAUUUGAUGCUGCUCAAUGGAGAGUCCGUAGAAGAGUUAAAGUUGAUGAUGCUAUUACCAAGUUGGAAUUCAUUGGUAACACUCCAAUUUUGGUUGGAUCCAGUAUGAAUGGUAGAAUCUAUAAAUGGGAUGCUAGAACCGGUCAAGAAUUGUUUGUUGGUCUUGGUCAUAACAUGGGAGUAUUAGAUUUUGUUACUAUGGAAAAUGGUACAAAAUUAAUUACUGCUGGUGAUGAAGGUGUUUCGUUAGUGUUUAACACGGAAACUAAUUAA